GAUGUGAUGGCAAAGGCCUGCCCCUCUCAGGCCGACUCUAGCAAGUUCUCUACCUUGAGAGAAGCGAGUAGGAGGAGGAAGGAGGCAAGGCUGAGCCAUCUCUGAGGAAUGUGGCUUUGGCAGGACAUCCAGUGCUGCCCCGCUCCUCCCUCAGUCCCGCCCAGGGCUCCGGAGCCGGGCCGGGCUCCUCCUCCUCCAGGGGAAGGGCUCGGGGCAGGAAUCCCUUCCCUUUCACCACCCCAGGAGAAGCCCCAGAGCGUAGGGAAAUGCGUACGGCAGAAAGGGAGACAGAAGGCAGGGCUAGAGAAAGGGAACAGGAAAAAAGAGCUUCGACAAGCCAACUGCCCUUCGCUCAGGCCCCAGCGGAAAGGGGCAGAUACCCGGAGACUUCCCAGAGAGACUCGACCCACCAAAAAGCGCACCACGGCCGCGCAGCCCUUCCUUCAGCUCUGGAACCCAGCGCCCCACACCUCAACUGGGAGAACUGGUGACCUCUAGUGGCCCAUGACCAGUCUGCAGGGCCUGGGGCUGGCGGGGAUUCUCUGAGCCAAACUCUCCUCCUGGGCUCUAAUGCUGUUCCCCUGCCCACCCCACCUUCUGCCUUCACACUGCUGAGGGGUCCGUAGCCGACAAGGAAGAGCCCGUUUCUCA